AUGACCUGGCGCGACUCCAACAUCCACAACCGCAUCCUCCGCGACGCCGAAGCCGGCAAGUACGGCGUCAUCGCAGCGAUCGCAUACAACAUCGAGCAAAUUCUGGGCCUCGUUCAAGCAGCCAAUACCGCCCGGUCGCCACUCAUUAUCCAAUUCUUCCCAUGGGCGAUCGAAGCCUCGAAUGGGUUACUCGUGCGCACUGCAGCAGACGCCGCGAAACACGCAGAUGUGCCCAUCAGCAUCCACCUCGACCAUGCGCAGUCGGAAGCCAUGAUAAAGCGGGCUGCCGAUACGCUUCCCUUUGAUAGUAUCAUGGUUGACAUGUCGCAUUAUGAGAAGGAGACCAACCUGGCCAAGACGCGGGAGCUGGUUGAAUAUUGUAACCAGCGAGAGAUUGCGACUGAGGCCGAGCCUGGUCGUAUUGAGGGAGGUGAAGAUGGAGUCAUGGAUACGGCUGGCUUGCAGGCAUGUAUGACGACGCCAGAGGAGGUGGAAGAAUUCGUGGGCACUGGAGUGGAUGCUCUGGCACCGGCUUUUGGCAAUGUGCAUGGCGAAUAUGGACCUCGGGGACCAGACUUGGAUUUUGAAAGGUUCAAUCAAAUCCGCUCCCACGCAAAUGGAAGAGUGCGUCUAGCCGUUCACGGCACGAAUGGAUUUGCUCCGGAGCUGCUGCAGCGUUGCGUGGAAGCCGGAGUCACCAAGAUCAAUGUCAACCGGCUGGUGCUGGACGACUACUACGAUCAUCUACGGGUGAGUGUGGGCAAGAUGCCGCAUACGCAGCUCAUCGAGGAGGGCAUUCAGAAGGUGGCGGAUCUUACGGUGAAGUGGAUGGAGAUUUGCGGGUCUGCUGGAAAGGCAUAG